AUGCACCGUUCUGCCUCGGGCUCGAGCGACCUCAGCACACUGACCGAGGCUCCCAAGGCGACUUCGACACCGGCCCUGGCGGCUCCUGUUUCCCCGUCAUUGCCCUUUGACGAUGCAUCACACGCGCAAACCGACAGGUGGACGUGCGCCGGGUGUACGGUGGCUUCGGUUCGGCAGAUCCUCGACGCCCUCCUCACCUGGGACUACCUCCCUUCUGCCUCAUGUGCAAGGACCCUUCUUCCGAGACUAUUGCAGCGGCUCGAGCCGAACCGGCCCUCGGCCAACCUCCCAGAUAUACAGGCCAUCGGGAUUCUCUCGCUCUACCAGAUUACCUGCGGGCGCGAGGCCGAAGCUCAAGCGCUUGCCGACUCCUUUGCCGCUAGGAUAGUCAAUCUUUGUCCUCAAGAGCCCCUGAUGGGCUCCGAGGCCGAGAAGUAUGCCAAAGUUUGGGCUACUUCGUACCGCGGCGCCGUGUCCCUGAUUCGCAUACUUCGUCUCACGACGGGCCAAGUCUUCACCAUGUCUACGAGUUGCAAGCUACAAGACGACUCAAUAUUUCUAGACCAAUCCGCCUGCAGUGCCGAGUACCUGUUUGGCGGCCAGUGCGGCAGCGGAACUACACCAGACCCUGCCCUGAAAGCACGCGGCUCGCAACUGCGCAGUCUACAGCUCAUUCCAGCAAGAGUCUUCCAGCUCACGGAAUGGGUGUACAAGCUCCUCUCAUCAGCAACCCAUACCCCAAACGGACGAUUCGACACAGCCGAGGUCAUGGCAGUGUAUACCGAGUGUCUCGAUUGGUACGAAGGAUUCUUCUCCUACCCAAAACCGGCGGCAGUGACACCCUUUGUACUCUUUAUCCACAUGUACUAUCAGUUCUGCCUACUCUGCCUGUUCCGCCCUCUCGCCAACCUUGUCCUGGCUGAUUCCGACGUCCGACCCCGCGAAAUCUGUCUCCAGGCUGCGGACUCUAUCCUCACCCUGUCGCAGUCCUACAGCAGGCUCUUCACCCUUAGACGCGUCUCCCAUUCGUCCCCUAUUUUAAAGUUGUCCUUGGCGACCAUCUCGGAUGUUUCAAGCGUGGACGGGUUUAGCACCUAUCAAGACGUGUCCCCCUCCCCGACUGCCGCCAAAGUGCCCAUAAUGGCCCACGCGAGCCAAUUGCUGGCAGAGAUGAGCUCCAACCGUCGAAUGGCCUCAUCCAUAGAGAAGAUGCUUCGAGGAUAUCUUACCGAGUUAUGGUGA